GGCGGCUGCGCGACGGAGUCUGCUGGAGUUGCCUAGCAAUCCAUCAUCUGCACACAUCGCGGGCGUAACACAGAGCUUCCACGCCACACAUCAUGAAAACGAUCAAGCUCAACAACGGCAGCGAGAUGCCCAUAGUGGGCCUCGGCACAUGGCAGGCAACCGAUGAAGAAGUGGAAACAGCAAUAAAUACAGCCCUAGAAGCUGGUUACAGGCACAUUGACACAGCUUAUGUUUAUAUGAAUGAAGCUCCUAUUGGGAGAGCUUUGAAGAAAUGGUUGGAUUCAGGAAAGGUCAAAAGGGAAGAAUUGUUUAUUGUGACAAAGUUGCCUAACUUUGGAAACCACCCUGACAGAGUAGAAAAAUACAUCAAAAGAUCACUGGCAGCCCUGCAGUUGGACUAUUUAGAUUUGUAUUUGGUCCACCAUCCAUGUGGUCUUGUCGAGAGAGAAGGUGACAUGUUGCCUCGAGAUGAGUCUGGUGCACUGCUUGUAGAUAAGGAAACAGACAUCAUAAGUGUGUGGAAGGCAAUGGAAAAACUCGUGGAUGCUGGUUUAACUCGUGCUAUUGGACUGUCUAACUUUAAUUCAAACCAGAUAAAGCGAAUUACAGAUUCUGCUCGCAUUGUACCCGCAAAUCUACAGGUGGAAUUGCACGUAUAUUUUCAACAGCGUGAACUUGUCGCUUUCUGUCAUGCACUGGACAUAUCAGUUUGUGCUUAUGCACCAAUUGGAUCACCUGGACUACAAAGUUUUGUGAAGAUGAUUGGGGAUGACCCUGAAAUGAUACCAAAACUUAGCCCAUUGACGGAGCCCGUGGUGUGCAAACUGGCAGAAAAGUACAACAAAACUCCAGCUCAAGUGUUGCUGAGACACAUCAUUCAGCGUGACAUUGCUGUUAUUCCAAAGAGCGCAAACCCCCAGCGAAUAAAACAAAAUAUUGAUAUAUUUGAUUUUGAACUGAGUAAUGAGGAGAUGGAAGAACUAAAUGCUUUGGACAAAGGUCACAAAGGACGUUUAUUUGGUGAACACAUGCUGAAAGGGAUUAACGAACAUCCUGAAUACCCGUACCGUGCACCAUACUAGUGAGAGAGUGAAGAGGAUCACAAUGGACUAUGAAAUGUGCUGUAGCCUGUCUGGGAUAUUUGUAAGAUUUGUUAAUAUACUCUGUCUUACAUAAUUUUUACAUCUUACAAAAUGUGAUUCCUUUUAAAAAUUUGUAUUGUGGAGGUUUGUGAAAUAAAAUUAUUUUGUGAUGCAAAUCUA